CCGGGCGUGAGGCACCCACUCUGGGAGCACAGAGAACUCAGGUAGUCGGGCUAGAUGGCGGCGCGCAGCCUGGGCCGCGGCGUCGGGAGGCUGCUGGGCAGCCUGCUAGGGCUCUCGGGGCAGCCCGCGCGGCCGCUGUGUCGGGUGAGCGCGCCGCUCAGGGCGGCCUCGGGACCACCUCGGGCGCGCCCCGCAGUUGCCGCAGCCUCACAGCCCGGCUCGGAGACCCAGGACGCCCCCAACUCUUGCGUCAGAGGAACCGGAGCCUCUCGCCUGCAGCUUGGCGUCCCCGAGCUGCGCCCAGAUCGCACCCCCUGCAGGGCCCCUCCUCAGUAUUCCGUCCGCCCCGCCAGCUCUAAGCAGUGGCUCCACGUCACCCCGUCCCUCAUCCCAUCCGGCCCCAGAUCCAGGUGCCCAGCUCGGGCCAGUGCCCGCGGGGACCCGGUGGCCGCUUGGGACGCCCCGCUGCUGGCCUUGCUCGGCGCGGCUCCUCGUCUGCUGACUCCAGGAUUGCGUUACCGGGUGCAUAGCGCCACUUGGGGGGCAAAACCGGCGAGGCCGCCGGGCUACGCCAAGCGCCCUGGCUACCUGAACCCAGACCCCAGCAGACAUGAGCAGUGCCCUCGGGGAGUGCAGCAGGCAGCGAGCAUCCUGGAAGAGUUGGGGGAUGCACAGAGAUUCCUGGACACCAGUAUUGACCAGUCUGCUGUGGAGGAGCCCGUGCUGCUAAUCCUCAGUCUCACAGUGUGCCGGUAUGCCGCAGAGCUGACUGUUUCUGCCAAAGGGGUCAUGUGUGAAGCUUGGAGGCAAGACAUCACUGAGGCAGAUGAGGAACUGCAGGAGCCAUACAAACAAGACAACCUGUCUGUGCUGAGUGUUCUCCAACAGCUCAGGCUGCACUGCCCAGCCCUGGCUGCAUCAGACCAGCCUUGGUGUGCCCCGGGAGCUUUGAAGGCCCAGGGCCCAUUGGGAGGGAGUAAAAACAUCAUCACUGAUGAGACAGAGUCCUGUCAGUGGGGAGAAGAAGGCCACAGCAAACUAGACCCCGCUCCAAAUCCCUCACCCUGGCCGAAUUCUCACUCCAAAAGCACCAAGUGUAACAUCUAUUGCUGCCCUCCGUCUGCAGAACAGGGACUGAAUUUCAUCACCAUUUACUGCAAUCUACAAAUGUUAAAAACUUUUCUUUUUCUGGAAAAAUACUUUCCAUGCAUUAAGUAUUCAAGUGCCUGUUAUCCUGGCACUUUUGAGCUGCAGUGUAUAUGACAUAACAUUUGCAGUAUUAUCCACCCCCAAUUUGCUCUGUGUUUUGGCCCUCCUCAAUCUCUGAUGGCUUUCUCUUCCUUGUGCUGCAGGGAACUGCUGGAGACAACCUGCCGUCUGGCCAACACGCUGAAGAGGCAUGGAGUCCGCCGUGGGGACUGUGUUGCCAUCUACAUGCCCGUGUCCCCACUGGCGGCAGCAAUGCUGGCCUGUGCCAGGACCGGGCUAUCCCACACAGUCAUCUUUGCUGGCUUCAGUACGGCGUCCUUGGCUGGGAGGAUCAAUGAUGCCAAGUGCAGGGUGGUUAUCACCUUCAACCAAGGACUCCGGGGUGGGUGCGUGAUGGAGCUGAAGAAAAUAGUGGAUGAGGCUGUGAAGCACUGCCCCACCGUGCAGCGUGUCCUGGUGGCUCACAGGACAGACAACAAGGUCCACAUGGGGGAUCUGGAUGUCCCGCUGGAGCAGGAAAUGGCCAAGGAAGACCCUGUAUGCGUCCCAGAGAGCAUGGGCAGCGAGGACGUGCUCUUCAUGCUGUACACCUCAGGGAGCACUGGAAUGCCCAAGGGCAUUGUCCAUACCCAGGCAGGCUACCUGCUCUAUGCCGCCCUGACCCACAAGCUUGUGUUCGACCACCGGCCAGGUGACAUCUUCGGCUGUGUGGCUGACAUUGGCUGGAUUACAGGACACAGCUACGUGGUGUAUGGGCCUCUCUGCAAUGGAGCCACCAGUGUCCUUUUUGAGAGCACCCCAGUUUACCCCAAUGCUGGUCGGUACUGGGAGACAGUAGAGAGGUUGAAGAUCAAUCAGUUCUAUGGCGCUCCAACGGCUGUCCGGCUGUUGCUGAAAUACGGUGAUGCUUGGGUGAAGAAGUACGAUCGCUCCUCCCUGCGGACCCUGGGGUCAGGUGAGUGGCCUGCCCUGCAGCAGGAGAGGGUGCACUUGGCUGUCGCAGUCUCCCAGCAUGUCCUGAUGCUGCAGGGCAUCUCCCUGCCCCUGUGGAUGUUCUGGAGUGCAGGUGUGACACAUAAGACACCCGAGCCGCCCAUGUGGCCAGCACUGAUCAUGCAACGAUACGGGGACGCUACCGGGACGAGAGCUGGCCCCAUCAACUGUGAGGCCUGGGAGUGGCUUCACAGGGUGGUGGGGGACAGCAGGUGCACGCUGGUGGACACCUGGUGGCAGACAGAAACGGGUGGCAUCUGCAUCGCACCACGGCCCUCGGAAGAAGGGGCGGAAAUCCUCCCUGGCAUGGCGAUGAGGCCCUUCUUUGGCAUCGUCCCCGUCCUCAUGGAUGAGAAGGGCAGCGUCGUGGAGGGCAGCAACGUCUCCGGGGCCCUGUGCAUCUCUCAGGCCUGGCCGGGCAUGGCCAGGACCAUCUAUGGCGACCACCAGCGAUUUGUGGACGCCUACUUCAAGGCCUACCCAGGCUAUUACUUCACUGGAGACGGGGCUCACCGAACUGAGGGCGGCUAUUACCAGAUCACAGGGCGGAUGGAUGAUGUCAUCAACAUCAGUGGCCACCGGCUGGGGACCGCAGAGAUUGAGGACGCCAUCGCCGACCACCCUGCAGUGCCAGAAAGUGCUGUCAUUGGCUACCCCCACGACAUCAAAGGAGAAGCUGCCUUUGCCUUCAUUGUGGUGAAAGAUAGUGCAGGUGACUCAGAUGUGGUGGUGCAGGAGCUCAAGUCCAUGGUGGCCACCAAGAUUGCCAAAUAUGCUGUGCCUGAUGAGAUCCUGGUGGUAAAACGUCUUCCAAAAACCAGGUCUGGGAAGGUCAUGCGGCGGCUCCUGAGGAAGAUCAUCACUAGUGAGGCCCAGGAGCUGGGGGACACUACCACCCUGGAGGACCCCAGCAUCAUCACGGAGAUCCUGAGUGCCUACCAGAAGUGCAAGGACAAGCAGCCUGCCGCUAAGUGAGCUGGCGCUUUGAGGGGCUCUUAGGAUGGGCGGGCACCCAGGCCCUGGCUUGUCCUUCCCAGAGGGUACCCCUGAGGUUGGCAUCUUCCUAAGUCCCAGAAGCAGCCCCCGCCCCACACAUGACCCACACCACCCUCACGUGAAGCUGGGCUGAGAGCCCUUUCUCCCAUCCAUUGGAGGUCCCAGGAGUAUCACCCGUGGAGAGGCUAUGCAACAUGCUAGGGCUGGCUCUGUCCUCCUGAGUUUGGUCUCCUGGAAUGAAGAGGCAUUGCCAUCUCCAUUUCUCUGCCCUCUUGAGCCAGCACAGGAAGGUGAGGCCCUGGGAUAGUACGCCUGCUCAGAUAACACAGAGCUAGUUAGCUAGUAGCAACAGUGUUUUCUCCAGAUGUGUCUAGAUACAAAGGGCAGAAAUCGUAUUUUUAUACUUUUAUAUUGUGGAAGAACAGCAUACAACACUCACAUGUAGUGUGUGGAUUUACUUGAACAUGUUCUUUUUAACAUAUAGUUAUGAAAAUCUCCUUUUUUGCCUCUACUGGUGGGAAACAUGAGGAUCAGAGGCCACAUUUUUAAUUAUUGUUAGUGUAUUUGGAAGUCUGAAUUGGAGAUGUUUGUACCUCUGUCUAAACAGCUCCCUUGAGAACUUCCAAGCCUCCAACAUCCUUUCCUGGUGACUGUUUCUCCUGUGCUUGGUUGUGUAUAGUGGAGCUAACUCCUAAGUGAUGGGGUAAAUGUGGCCACCUUAGUUCUGAAGCUACUCCAAUCAUGUUCUGUUUCUUCAAGCUGUGAUCCAGAAAGAUUUUUGUGCCCCCAGAUGCCUCUUGAUAGGAGAGGCAACACUCUCCAAAUAGGUGGGCUCUUCAGGGAAGCUAUUAGAAACUCAGGUCACUUGUUAGAGCACUAACUUGGUCAGAGCCAAGUCCUGGUAAAUGCUGCCUGACUUUCGCUCUGUGGUUGGGGCGGUGAGAACCACUGAGGUCCACUGAUGAGACUUGGAGAUCUGAAUCCAGUCUCUCUCUGUUUUAAUGUGACUUAGGUGCUGUCAACAUUAGCAAGAUAAUGGAAAUCAUGCCACCAGUGGGUGCUUACCUCCCAGCUAGGUAUGCAGGAGCUGGUGGUUGGCAGGGGAAGGAGGCCCAGUGAGCCGGGUCCCUUAGGUCAGGGAGAGUGUGUCCUCUUUGCCGCACAGUCUACCCCUCAGGGCCUUGUGGCAGUGCCGGUGUUGGGGGGGUGUCUGGGCUACUGAGUACCCACUCGGCCAUGGCGGUGCUGGCCUCUUGGGUGAGUGAGCCUGUGAUGCCCAGGAGGUGGUGGUGGCUGCAGUGCACACAAAUACUGAGUGGUGCUGUUUUGUUACAGACUUAGCAACAAAGGUCUGUGCCCUGGGCAUGGGGGGCUGUAGGGUAGCUAUGGCUGUGCAUUUGUGAAAUGGCUUAACUUUCCAUGUUGCUGAGAGGAAUCUGGACAUGGUCCCGGGCAUCUGAAUGAUCUGUAGGGGAGGGAGUUCAAAUAAAGCUUUAUUUUGUUCAUUUUC